UACCAAGUCGAAUAGAUUUUGAACGCAGUAGAGUGAAGCAAAAUGGCGGAACAAAAUAAAAAUAGUUUAAUAAGUGUCAUUGCUAUUUGCAAUGAAAUAUUUACAAAAAAUAUUUUAAAUUUAGAUCUUAUAAGCAAAAGCGAAAGUGAAAGCGAAAUGGGUGAAUUAUAUUAUAUGGUUCAAGUUUCUCAAUUAAGAGGAAAACGAAAAAAAAUGUUCGCAUAGAAGGUUAUGUAGAUAAUGUAAUACCCAGAUUUACAACACAUCAUUUUAAAGAACAUUUUCGUAUGACACCACGCUGUUUUCAUUUAUUAGAAAACAAUUUAAGUUUAAUGUUAUCAAAACGUAAUAAAAUAGGAAGAUCCUAUAUAUCACCGAGAGUACAGUUACUCGCAACUUUGUGGUUAUUGGCGACUCCUGAUUCUUACAGAUCAGUGGGACUUAAAUUUAAUUUGGCAAAGUCGUCAUUAAAUCAUUGUGUGCGACGUGUUGUGCAGGUUCUGUGUAAUAUCUCAAAUAAUGUGAUCAAAUGGCCAUCUGUAAAUGACAUGAAUACUGUUACUGAAAAAUUUAAACGAAUAGCAGGUCUUAACUAUGUUCUUGGUGCUAUUGACGGUACGCACAUUGAAAUUCCAGCACCAUCUGUAGACACGCGAUCCUAUUUAACAAGAAAAUGCAGAUAUGCUGUAACUUUACAAGCAAUAUGUAAUGCAGAUUUAUAUUUCACUGAUUGUUACGUUGGUUAUCCUGGAUCUGUGAGUGACGUCAGAGUUUUCCAUAAUUCAGACUUUUGGCACAAUGUCAACAGAAAUUAUCGCAAUUUUUUCCCUAAUGAAGAAUAUAUUAUAGGAGAUAAAGCUUAUCCUUUGUAUAAAUGGUGUUUAACAGCUUAUAGAGAUAAUGGUCACUUGUCACAGGUCGAAAAUAAUUUUAAUCAUAUAUUAUCUCAAACGAGGCAAACGAUAGAACGUGCCUUUGCAUUAUUAAAAGGCCGAUUUAGACGCCUGAAAUAUUUAGAUAUGACGAGAGUGGAUUUAAUAUCACAGACAAUUUUGGCUUGCUGUGUUCUUCAUAAUAUUUGUUUACAAAAUAUUGAUGACAUUGAAAAUUACAUUUUAGAAGGUACAGAAGAAAAUCAAAAUAUAGAAAUUUUUGAAAGAGAAGAGCAGCAUAGAGAUCAUGAUAACGAGGGUGCAGCAAAACGCAAUUAUUUAGCAAUAUGUUUAUAUAGAGAACGAAUAUAAUUGUUAUUUAAUAUAAUACUGCUUUUUUAAACAUAACUCAUAAUAU